AUGAUAUACGCUAUUAAGAUCAUUGAUAAGCUGUGUGAUCUGGAACUGCUUUAUGAAACGCUUGAUUUUUUGGAGAAACGUUCGAAAGCAAAUAAUGAAACAACUACUCUGUUAAAGGAAAACAUGCGCAACGCAAGAAGAAUGCUGGCUAAGCUUACCGCUUUGGAUUACAAACGAAUGCUGCCAGAACAACCUCACAUCGAAACGUCCGAUUACACUAUCGCUGCUCAGGCAAGCAUUCCACCUUUGGAAGCACCUCUUAGAAGCUUACUUGAUCCUUGGCCUACGGAGGUUAGCAAGCGCACAACCGAUCCAACUGCGCUUAGCUCCACAGAGAUUCUUAGUGCAAAAAUUUCUACAUUGCCAUUAUCCGACUUUCACGAGUCAGAGAUGAGUAAUACGCCAACGGAAGCAAGCCUGCGCAAGGAUGAUCUUUUCGAGAGCUUCAGGACAAAAAUUGACCAGAAUCUAAGCGAAGAUCGCCCGCCAACCGUUAUUAGCCCAUAUACUCCAUCCGACAAGUCCAUAUGCAAGUCUUUCGAAGAUGCGCAGCUCAUCAGGAAUUUUCAAAAAAGCAAAGGAGCAACACCGACCUCAAUAAGCGCAUCAGGAUCUACUAAUCGUGCCCCUCUCAGCGUCACAAGACCCACACUUUCAACUUCGUGGACACCCACUAAAUCAGAGAUCCCGUCAUAUAGUGUGCCAGGACUAUCGAGCACAUCUUUGGAUACCGCAGAAGCGGAGCAUAGCACUACUAGUGUUACAACUUCUGCGAAUUCAGCCGAAAAUCCGGCUGUACGUAUGACGCCAGUGAUCGCCUCCGUAACUUCUCUUCCAGGUUCUGGUUUUGACGGACCUAAUCAGACCACUACGCCAGUGAUUACAGCCCUAACGCCAUCGUUGGGUGGACAAGAAUGUAAGAUAAUGACAAUACCCGUGGUUUCAGGAAUCAUUGCGAUGCCUGCCAGUCACGGAGAGAAUAGGAUGUUCUUGCCACUUGUUGCUUCUUUGGCCUUUUUAGCUACAAAGGACGGAACCGAACAACCCUUGCCCUCUAUAUCUACUCCAGAAGCAAUCGAGCUACAAACUAAGCCAGUAAUUUCAUCACUUCUUUCAGUAAACGCAGAUGACGAACAACCAGCUAGAGUACUACCCUUGGUCACAGCAAUGACGCCGCUAUCCGCUCCGCAAGGGGUGUCCAUGAUGACAACACCUGCAGGUUCAACGGCUCUUUCAUUACGGGUAAAUGCCAAAGAAUCACCAAUGCCGGUGCCAGUGGUUGCAUCUAAUACGAAUCUACCCAUAGCCAACCCAGUACAAGUGACAGCCAGUAGCACUACCAAACCAAAAAUUUCCAUAUCUUCUGCCUCCACAAUAACUAGAGUCCCUAAUGUACUCAAGAAUGCCAACAAAUACUCUAAAACGCCAGAUCCGAUGAGAUCACAUAUCAAAAAAGGAAGAAACAAGAUUACCAAAUCACCAUCUUUUGAGAAUAGUAAACGAGUGAGAAGAGCAAAGAAGAUUGUUAGUACGUUUUACUUCUGGCAUAAAGGCAAAUUGUUCUCACUACUUACAAACUUUUGCUUUCAGUCAACAAAGAACUACUGCCUCAAAGUCCAACAUUAA